AUGCUAGCUGUUGAUUUAAAUCGUUUUUAUUCAAAUGCCACUAGUGGAUUUACAUUGUACCUGGUUUUUUACACAUCUCAGAUAAAUGGUUCCUCUCGCGAAUUGGAUCCCAUUACGACCGAAGCACCACUAACGAGGCUCAUCGAACAUCAUAUGUCUAUUCAGCAAAAGCUCGCUACACAGCGUGCGCCUAAUUACAGCAAACCAACAUUGUCGCGUGUUUCAGCACUCACUAGUUUCGUCCAACAUCUGCACAACUCGAAUCGCACAUCAGAAUUAUACAAACCUUUCGUAGCUAAACAACCCACAGACACAGCAGCUCAUGAUGAACAACAGCCUUCGAACGCUGGACCAGUCCAGCUUGGUCUCAGUAAUUUUCUGCUGGUGCUAUCCAGUCUCUCUAAUCGACCGCUGAGUGAUCAAUCUGCCGCUUCCAGCUCUGGUGGUGUGAUCAGUCAAGGCAUAUCCACUGUUCAGGAGACAUUUUCUCAGGUUGGUAGUACAAUUCAAAAUGGGAUUAAUUCCGUGUUUGGCACAAACCAGGCAAAUCAAGCAUCUUUAUCGGCCAGUUGGAAUCCUGCACGUCCCAUCUCAAGCGCUGUUGUGACCUCUCAGCCCGUGUUCUGUCCAUCAGAUUGCACCAUGGCCUGUGGUGUUGCCCAGAAAACUGCCUCGUUUCGUGUUUUAGGUGGCGCUGAGGUUACACCAUACAACAAAUAUCCGUGGAUAGCUGUAUUGCAGUACUACGAUCAAAACGUAGGCACUGGGACGCUGAUCAAUGAUCGCGUGGUGCUUACAACCGGUAGAAUCGUUUCUUCUAUGAUCAUUUUCAAUCAAAUUAAAGUUAUAUUUGGAGUUUUUGAGCCUAAUUCUACCACUGAAAGUACAUCCAGGAGUGUGUUCGCCGUCACCAGAACGAAACUUCAUCCACAGUACAGUGCAUCCAAUUUGCUAAGUUACAAUAUAGGGCUUCUCCAGUUGGCAGUGCCAGUAACCAUCACCGACAACUUCAUGCCCAUUUGUUUGCCCAGCAGAAUUAACACAUUUUCCAACACAGAGGCAAAACUGGUGGGCUGGGGAGCUCGUGAGUUUGGUGGAGAAUCGUGGAACAAACUACAAGAAGCGACUAUUCCUCUGUACUCAUUCGAUGAGUGUCGCCUGGCCUACCCUAAUUCAACAGAGAAUAAUAUAUGCGGUGGUGUGUUUGGCCCUGCACCGAAAGACAAGCAUAAGACUUCUUGCGAUGGCGACGAAGGAACUGGACUUAUGUAUCCCUGGCCAAACGACCCAUCAUUCUUGACGCUCAUCGGUAUAACUAUCCAAAUUCCGGGCGUUGGUUGUGGACAAACGAACGAACCUGCAGUAUUUACUAAGCUUUAUCCAUUUAUUCCUUGGGUGCAGAGACAAUCUGCCGGAUGCUACUGUAAAGCUUAGAACAUGAACUAUGGCUUAGAUAUUGAAUUUGUUCCGCUUCACUUAUUACGGGCUGAUCAUUUUUUUCGUAAAUAAAUAACACAAAGUUUAUUGAGCUUAAUAAGCUUCAUAUUUUACAUUGCACUUUUAUGAAUAAAAUGGA